AAAGCGGUCCAUGAGCCCGAAAAAGAGGAUACUUAUUCCUAAAGUACUUGAUACAGUGGUUGACGUAGCCUACUUAAUACUGUCAAAGUUAAUAGGCUAGUUCACAUAGUAAAAAAAAAAAAUGACAAACGAUAUAUCUAAAAAGAAGGGGAAGAUUGCAGGUGAGAAAAGGGGCAAAAGAAAGGCCAAAAGAAGAGAGACUUACGCGAUGUACAUCUAUAAAGUGUUGAAACAGGUUCACCCGGACACGGGAAUUUCCAGCAGAGCCAUGAGCAUCAUGAACUCCUUCGUGAACGACCUGUUUGAGAGGAUUGCCACAGAGGCGUCCCGCCUCGCUCAGUACAACAAACGCUCCACCAUCACCAGCAGAGAGGUGCAAACUGCAGUGAGGCUGCUGUUGCCCGGGGAGCUGGCUAAGCACGCCGUGUCUGAGGGAACCAAAGCGGUCACCAAGUACACCAGCUCCAAAUGAAGACUUCAACACGCUCGGAAGUUAUUGUGACCAGAGUUUCAAACCUGUGCAUCCGUUUUGUAACCUGGUUGAUUUCAAUAAACGUAGCAAAAGAA